AUUGGGACGUCCAUUUUCUUCUCUUCCAUUGCAUUCUGGGAACUUCCUUUUUUGUAAGGUAACCAACAUGGGUUAUCGAGGGCGUAGAAAGUGUCUUAAACGUCUAACUGCACCAAAAUCAUGGAUGCUGGACAAAAUGAGUGGAGUGUUCGCUCCACGACCGAGCACCGGUCCUCACAAACUAAGGGAGUCACUGCCCUUGAUUGUAUUUCUUAGAAACAGGCUAAAAUAUGCUUUGACAUACGAUGAAGUAAAGAAGAUCGUACACCAGAGAUUGAUCAAAGUUGACGGCAAAGUCAGAACAGAUAUGACAUUUCCAGCAGGAUUCAUGGAUGUUGUUACCAUUGAUAAAACACAGGAAAACUUCCGUCUUCUGUAUGAUGUAAAAGGUAGAUUUGCUGUACACCGAAUCAAGUCUGAAGAAGCAAAGUACAAACUGUGCCGUGUAAAGAAAGUUUAUUCAUUUUAUAACAUAUCUUGUAUGAUGUUUCAGUACAAACUGUGCCGUGUAAAGAAAGUUGGAGUAGCUUUGAAGGGAGUUUGCUAUGUUGUCACACAUGACGGACGUACAAUUCGUUAUCCAGAUCCAUUGGUCAAAGUUAACGACACAAUAAUGGUUGACAUUGCAACUGGAAAGAUUAAAGAUUUCAUCAAGUUUGAUUCAGGAAAUCUCUGUAUGAUAACUGGAGGCCAUAAUUUGGGAAGAGUUGGAGUUAUUCAACACAGAGAAAGACAUCCAGGAUCAUUCGACAUUGUUCACAUUAAAGAUUCUUUAGGACAUAGUUUUGCUACCAGAUUAAGUUACGUUUUCAUCAUUGGAAAAGGAAACAAACCAUAUGUGUCACUUCCACGUGGUAAAGGUGUCAAAUUGAGUAUUGCUGAAGAGCGAGAUCGCAGGAUGGCAGCUAAAUAAACUGUUAGAGACUGCAUCAAAUAAAAAAAAAAAUGGAAGAAUUUGUGUCUUGUAUUUUAAAAAUGUUUAUCAAGUUACAAUUACAAAAUCUACAUU